AGCAAUUAGUAAGUGAUUCUUCACCGAGCUAGACAUAUCCACACUCGCAAGCGCGCCACAGUGUCUUCGCUAGAUUAGCAAUGCAAAUUAGUAUGAAACGUUUAAUUUAUUUUUGUUUGUUAUUUUGUUUAAUAUUUUUAAAUUAUUGUGUCGCAGCACCACGAAAAUAUAACUUUGUGCCUGCAAAAUGUGUACUACAGCCGAUAAAACAAAAAAUUGGUGGACCAUUCUAUGUCUGUACAUUCCCACCCCAUUACGCCGAUGUAUCACAGGAAGACAUUGACGCAGUUGUGGAACAUAUACAAACACUUAAUUUAUAAAUUAAUAAUAAUACUAUUCUAUAUAUACUAUUCUGUAUAUAUUAUUGUU